UAGCGACUCUUCUCCUUCUCAGGAUGACAGGAACAGAUGUGUUUGGAAUUACUGUACCUCUUAUUACCAGUACUACUGGAGAUAAACUGGGAAAGACUGCUGGCAAUGCAGUUUGGCUAAACAGAGAUAAGACUUCUCCAUUUGAGCUGUAUCAGUUUUUUGUCAGACAACAAGAUAACGUAGUUGAAAAAUACCUGAAACUCUUCACCUUCAUUCCUCUUGAGGAGAUUGACCACAUCAUGGAAAUGCAUGCUAAAGAACCUGAAAAAUGGGGCCCUCAGAAACGACUUGCUGCAGAAGUAACCAAGCUUGUUCAUGGUAGAGAGGGGCUAGAAUCUGCUAAGAGGUGUACUAAGGCCCUUUAUUACAGCAGCGUGGAGGCAUUGGAAGCUAUGUCUGACCAAGAGUUACAGGAACUUUUUAGACAAGCUCCUUCAGCUGAAUUGAUGUUUGAACCUGGAAUGAAUGUUCUUGACUUGUGUCGCAAAGCAAAUGCCAUUCCAGAUGGACCUAGUGGGUAUCGGAAAAUUACAGAUGGUGGAGUUUCAAUAAAUGGGAUUCGAGUAACUAAUCCCGAGACUGUUCUUAUUCUCGGACAGCAUAUUCUCAAGAAUGGAGUAUCAUUGCUUAGGAUUGGAAAGAAAAAUUACUACAUUAUAAAAUGGCUGCAGUUGUGACGAGAACGUCUCCCUAAAAUGAUGUAUCAUUUUCACUCUCUUGCUCAAAGAUGUACUUGAAGAUGUUUCUACACUGUGCAUUACUACGCAGCUCACAGACUGCCCAAUACCAUAGUUUCAUUCUCAAAAUACAACAACAGAGUUAAAAUAAAGGCAGCUAAGUUACACCAUUGAAGAGAUUUUUAGAUACUCUGCCUUAUUCAAAGCACCAUUCAGAAGAGGAUAUGCACAAGAAGAUGAAAAGAUUAAUUUCAAAGUCUGAAGAUGGAGAUGCUCUUCCCCUCCAUUAACAACCUUCUGUGUUGUAGAACGGUGGCCAGGUACUCUACAGCAUAAUCCACAGCAAGAUGAGCAAAAGCAUACUUGAAACCAGUACUUCUUACCGAGGUAAGAAGUCGGUAAGCAUGCUGCUGUCCAGUUUGACUUCAUCCCAACAGAGAAACCUGUGGAAGUGGGUAAGGAGAACCCACCUAUGAUCAACAUUUUUUUUCCUGAACAAGUUUGCUUUGAAGGAAGCUGCAGAAGAUUCACAAUAAAUGAGUAGAAUGAUUAAGCCCU